GCUCAGUUCGCGUUUGUCAGUCGUACGAGAUGGAUGUAAUCGUGAGUAACAACCCGGCGUCGUCCAAGCUGCCACCAUCCGGUAACAAUAAUAAUAAGGUGGUGGCGCCCGUUCCGAGCGGCGGUCCCGGCGUCAAUGGAAGUACUAGUAGCAGCAGCAACAGCAGUGGUGUGGGGGUGGUCGUCGGUCCUCCCCCUCCAUCGACGGUUCCUUCCGCGAUUCCGCCGGCCGCUUCCCGAUCCUUGCGUGUGCGCACUUCUAGUCUCAGUGGAAAAGUUGCCGAUUCCGACCAGCGGGUGUUGAGUGAAAUUCAGAUGUGUCCCAGUGUUAUGUCCGAGGAUACCAAGAAGAUGCUUCCGCCUACUACGGAAACCAUUCAGACCAAACCGUUCCCGAUUCGAGGUGAACGUGCAAACUACGUAAACAGUCCACAUGUCAUCGCGAUGGUAGGGUUGCCAGCCCGCGGUAAAACGUACAUUUCCAAGAAGCUGUCGCGGUACCUGAACUGGAUCGGUAUCAACACCAAGGUGUUCAACCUGGGCGAAUACCGGCGGCAUGCUACGGAUGCUUAUCGGAGUCACGAGUUUUUCCGGCCCGAUAAUGAGAAAGCGAUGGCAAUCCGGCAGCACUGCGCCGAAAUGGCGCUCGAGGACGUCUGCCUGUGGUUGGAGAAUGGCGGUGAAGUGGCGGUAUUCGACGCCACCAACUCCACGCGGGAUCGCCGGCGUAUGAUUCGGGAGAUCAUCGUGCACAAAAUGGGCUACAAGCUGUUCUUCGUGGAAUCCGUCUGCGACGAUCCCGGCAUCAUCGAGCAAAACAUCAUGGAAGUGAAAGUGAGCAGCCCCGACUACCGGAACAUGAACAUGGACGAAGCGCUAAGCGAUUUUCGACUGCGCAUCGAACACUACCAGGAACGCUACGAACCCCUAGAUGAGGACAUCGAGAAGGACCUGUCGUACAUGAAGAUCUACAACACCGGCGAAAAGGUGGUGGUCCACAAGCACGAGGGACACAUACAAUCGCGGAUCGUGUACUACCUUAUGAACAUCCACAUCACCCCGAGGACCAUCUAUCUGACCCGGCACGGAGAAAGUGAGCACAACCUGAAAGGUCUGAUCGGUGGCGAUGCCAAUCUGAGCGAACGGGGUCGUCGAUACGCAAACGCCCUGUCCAACUAUAUCCAGGAGCAGCAGAUCGAGGGUCUCCGGGUGUGGACUUCCUGGCUGAAGCGCACGAUACAGACGGUAGCCGAUGUCAACGCACCCCAGGAACGCUGGAAGGCUCUGAAUGAAAUUGAUGCCGGAAUCUGCGAGGAAAUGACCUACGAGGACAUUCAGGACAAGUUCCCGGAGGAGUUCAAGGCUCGGGAUCAGAACAAAUUCGCUUAUCGCUAUCCGCGUGGCGAGAGCUACGAAGAUCUGGUGGUCCGGCUGGAACCGGUCAUGAUGGAGCUGGAACGGCAGGGCAACGUGCUGGUGGUGUCCCACCAGGCCGUGCUGCGGUGUGUGCUGGCGUACUUCUUGGACAAAACGGCAGAUGAGCUACCGUACUUGAAAGUGCCGCUGCAUACGAUCAUCAAGCUGACGCCGGUUGCCUACGGCUGCAAGGUGGAACACAUCAAGCUGCCAAUCGAUGCGGUGGACACGCACCGGGCCAAACCGGAGGUUCCCGGUUCUUUGGAUCCAAAAUUUGUCACUAAAAGGCCCGGAGAUUCAUCUUAAGAGCAGUGGAAUGCGGAGAACUCUAACCAAACAUGGGACCUGACCCUAGAUGAAACAUAACCCCCGGGUUCCGUUUCAAUUCUUAGCCCGAAAAGUCGCUAGCGUUCCUGUUUUGAUUCCCUGUUUUUCUAGAAAUUCUACGAUGUGUGAACGUUCGAAUUAUGAAUGAUUUUUGGGUUUUCCAUACAAAAUUAUCGGUGUGUGUGUGAGUGAGAUCCAAAUGCGAUUGUAGCCCGAAAUUAGUGAACCUUUUUGUUCAGUGUAGUGUUGUUUUUAAAUCGUUUUCCAUAUUCGAUAAGUACAACUUAUGUUUUAUUCGUACUCAUUCUAUUCCGUUAGGAUAAAUAAUGGUUAAAUUUAUUAAAUCUUUAAACCCCCUUUAUGCAAUUUGUUAUGUUUUUUUUUUGAUAAAUUCCAUUCUAAAUCUAGGUGUUUUAACGAAGUUUUCUACGGUGGCUGGCGAAUGACAGAAAUCAAAUAUUAGAAGAAAAAACAGCCCUAAAACAUAUUUUCUAUAAGAAAAUUCUACUCAAAACAAUCCAAAUAUUUUUCGUAUUUUUUAUUUGAAUCCAUACUGGGUCUUUUUCACCUAUAAAAUAACAUUUAAAAAACAACCUAACGCUUCUCAAAGCGAGACGAGAACAAUGGAACUCUUCAAGAGACUUAACCCCAUCCUUAUAAGCAUAAUUUACAAACUGUUAAAAGUAAUCAAAUCACGAUUAUACACGUACCUUUGUAGGAAAAUUAUUCUUAACAUACGAGUAUGCACAGAAAGCUGAUCGCGAUUCACCAAAAAAAAAAACGAUCGAAUUUUAUUGAAAGGGAGAAUCAAUUCGAUUUCAAAUGCGUGUAUAUUUACAUGAACAAAACAUACUAAAAUACAAUAAAGAAAUCUACUACACAAAAUUUUUCGGAAGAUUUAUUCUCAAAUGGAACUUGUUGGAUAGAGAUCUAGCUGAGAUUUAAUGAGUGAAUGUUUGGUAGUUCGAAGCUGCGUUUUUUUUUCGUUUUAACUGGCACUUUUGCAAAUUUUCUCAGAAUGUAUUUUAUGUAUUUAAUCGCUAGAACCUGAAAAACCUUCUUAUCGAUUUUGUUUUGUGCAAAAUGAUUAAAUUACAUGAGUUUAAUCAAGUUCAAGAUUAAAAUAGAAAAUCAGAUUUUUAGCCCCUUAAAGUAUGCAACUACUUUCGUCACAGUUUUUUAAAGACUUCAAUGCCCGUUUUUUAAGAAGCAGCAAACCCUCGAACAAGGCAAAAUUAGUUUUACAAACGACCAUAAAUAAAAUUAAGACAAGAGUUGGUAAAUAUGAUGUGUUCUAAAAACUAUCAAAAGAUUUGGGUGGCACAAUUUUAUUAUAAUUUCUCAACACAACCUGUUUUCUGAUUGAAAAUAUAGUUUUGGAAAUGUUUUUUUUUUUAUUUUGCCAAGGUAAACCAGAUAUUUUAAUUUAAAAUUUGAUUUUUUUAUUAAUUUUUGUGAUUAGUGAGAAAGAUGUAAAAAUACUUGGAAUUCUUAUGCCAAAUUAUAACUCGCGUGAACUUUCAUUACGUCGUAUGAAUUCACAGAAAACAGCUGCAAAAGUUAUCAAGCCAAUUUUAAAAUUUGUAUUUCACAUGAAGAAUAUGUUGUUCAGGCUACAAAUAUUCUAAAUGGAAAGAAGUUGCGACAAGUUUAUGUAAUUUUUUUAAUUUUUUUCCUAAUAAAACUCUUUGUUUACUUUUAGUUUCAAAUGACGUAAUGAAAGCUCACACGCGAUUUAUUCGCUGGAACCUGAAUAACCCUGAGUUCCUAACGAUUUUUUGUGCAAAAUGAUUAAGUUACAUGCGUUUAAUCAAAUUCAAGAUUAAAACUGAAAAUCAGAAUUUUUAGCCCCUUAAAGUAUGCAACUACUUCGUCAGAGUGUUUUUUUUAAAGACUUCAAUGCCCGAUUUUUUAAGAAGCAGCGAACACUCGAACAAGGCAAAAUUAAAGAUUCACAAACGACCAUAAACAAAAUUAAGACAGGAGUUGGUAAAUAUGAUGUGUCCUAAAAAUUAUCAAAACAUUGGGGUGGCGCAAUUUUGUUACAAUUUCUCAACACAAACUAUGAUUCUGAUUGAAAAUAUUGUUCUGAAAAUGUUUUUUAAUUCACCAAGGUAAACCUGAUAUUUAAAUUUAAAUUUUUUUUUUUGAGACUAGUAAGAAAGAUGUAAAAAUACUUUGAAUUCUUAUGCCAAAUUACAAGACCAAUUAAGGCUUUCUUAUUAAAAGGUUAAAAAAAACUGGAUACAUUCUACUAAAAGAUUAUUGAAAGCAUAUUUCAAGUUCUGAACCAAAUUAUCAACAGCAACAGGUUUUAUGAUUUUCAACUUGAUUGCAGUUUAUAUUCUCGUUUUCGGCUUUCAUUUUUUCCUUUUGGUCACUCCAAUCAUGUAAAAAAAAAUAAAAUAAAUCAAACGAAAUUAAAUUUUGAACAAACACAAUAAAUAGAAUCCUUUAAAAGAGAAUAAAAGGGGAGAUAAAAUCUCGUGUGCGGUAAAUCGAAGUUGAAAAUAAAAAUGAAGUAUGGGAUUUACUUUAUCAGUACCUAA